AUGGUCAAACCACUCAGUUUCAAGGGCGACAAGAAGGUCAAGAAGCGCAAGCGCACUCGCGAUGAAGAUGCAGACGGCCAUGGCCCUGCGACAAAGGACUUGAAGAUUGGCGCACCACAGCAUCCAGAUGACCAAGACGACGAAUCGUGGGUAUCCGCAGACAGCGUGAGCGACGUCUCAGGCCCCGUCAUAUUCGUGCUGCCCACCACCCCGCCGACAUGUCUGGCUUGCGAUGCCAAUGGAAAGGUGUUUGCCAGCCCGCUCGAGAAUAUGGUCGAUGCGUCGCCCUCGACGGCCGAGCCCAGCGACGUCCGUCAAGUUUUUAUCGCAAACAAGAUUGCUGGCACCGAUACGUUUAGCUUCAAGGGACAUCAUUCCAAGUAUUUGAACAGCGACAAGUUCGGUAUCCUCUCAGCUACACGCGACGCAAUCUCGCCCGAAGAACAGUUCACCUUGGUGCCAUCUGACUCUCUGCUCUUCAACAUACGCACAACACGCGACAAGCUCUUCUCCGUCACACAGGACAGGGUUGUUGAGAUCAGAGCUGAUGCCGACGACGACGCUAGUCCAGCAUGUGCCAUCAGACUCCGUAUGCAAGCCCGCUUCAAGCCUGUCCACAAGGCUGCCAAGGAGGAAAAGGCAAAUGAGAAGAUAAGCAGGGCUCAACUUGAACAGGCUGUCGGCCGCAAGCUACAAGACGGCGACGUCAAACUCUUGAAGAGAGCAUGGAGAGAUGGCACAUAUCACGAAGCCUUGCUUGACGUCAAGGUCAAGGGGAAGCACGACAAGUUUGCCUGA